AUGCUGUCGUUCACCACUACUUCAAUUGCAGCGAUUACGCUUCUGUGCCCUCUUGUUCGCACACAGGCUACCCUUCCCCAGGUUGAUCUCGGAUACGAAAUCCACCGGGCGAUCGGCUUCAACCAAACCGGACAAACGUACAACUUCUCAAACAUACGUUAUGCCCAACCUCCAAUAGGGGACCUCCGUUUUGCCGCUCCUGUUCCGCCUACAGGCAGAAAUAAUGUCGUGCAGAACGGCAGUGUCGACAGAAUCUGUCCACAAGCUCUCCCUGCAUGGUAUCCAAUUUCCGCCGAGUUCGUCCAAGAUCUUAUAGCAGGGAACGCAUCAUCUUUCAACCUCACUCAAGCCGAAGAGCAACUUCAAAUUGCCCUACAAAACGCCAAACCAGCCCCGCCAGAUCCAAGAACCACCGAAGAUUGCUUGUUCUUGGAUGUGAUCGUUCCCAAAAAGGUCUUUGACGGUUCGAAGAGUCGCAUCAGGAGACGUCAAAAUUCAGGUGCGGCGGUGGUAGUCUGGAUCUAUGGCGGCGGGUAUACCCUAGGUUCCAAAGAAGGAUCCGGUAACCCUAGUGGUCUUAUCAAAGCCAGUCAGGCCAAUGGAGGGGAGGGCAUCAUCUUUGUGGCUAUGAACUACCGCCUGGGAGCGAUGGGUUGGCUUGCUGGGCCUACCUUGCAGGCUGCUGGAGGGGUUUCCAAUGCCGGCCUUUACGAUCAGCGUUUGGCUCUGGAAUGGGUCCAGAAGUACAUCCAUCUGUUCGGUGGCGACCCAAAUCGGGUCACCGUCAUGGGUGAGUCGGCGGGAGGAGGUUCAGUGGUCCACCAGAUCACCGCCUAUGGGGGCCAGAAGGGUGUUCCCUUCCAGCAAGCUAUUCCGCAGUCACCUGGCUAUCUCCCUAUGCCGUCGUAUUUUGUCCAGGAAAACAUCACCCAGACGUUUCUGUCGCUGCUCAAUGUCAGCACAAUCCAGGAAGCCAGACAAGUGUCCUCCGCUGCUAUCAUCAAAGCCAAUGCACUUCAAGUGGGAGCGUCCAACUAUGGAGGUUUCACGUACGGACCAGCCGUUGACGGGGUAUUUGUGCCGGCGCUACCUGGUACGCUUCUUAAUGCAGGGCAAUUCGCAAAGAACGUGAGCGUCAUGGUGUCUCAUAUGCUCAGCGAAGGACCAGCUUUCACGCCACCAAAUGUACGAACAGAUGAUCAGCUGGAAGAUUUGAUAGUCACGCUCAAUCCCGAGACACCUGCUCCGGCGGUGAACACCAUUGUGAAAACACUUUAUCCGGCCAUCUACAACGGAAGCCAGCCUUACACAUCUCCCAUCGAGCGAACAAUCCUGUUCGUCACCGAGUCAUCCUUCACCUGCAACGCCUAUUACCUCAAUAAAGCUUACGGCAACAAAACUUAUGCCUAUCAAUUCGCUGUUCCGCCAGGCUUCCAUGGAUAUGACGUGCAAUACACGUUUUACAAUGGUCAGCCCACCAACCUGACACAGGAUAUGGUCGCGCCUGUCGCCAAAACACUUCAAGCCUACCUCACUAACUUCAUCAUGACGGGUAAUCCCAACGGACAGGGACUGCCACCAUUCCCAAUGCAGGGCACCAAUGCCAGCAUGAACUCGAUUUCCACGACGGUCACACGUGUCAAAGAUGAUACUUCGAAUCAGAGGUGUGCAUGGUGGGAGAAAUCAUUGUUUACUUGA